AUGAAAAUUGAGCAACUAUUUGCAUGCCACAAUUACACCGAGGAUAAAAAGAUGAAGGUGGCAGUCAUGGAAUUCACUGACUAUGCUCUCAUCUGGUGGAACCAAUUACAAAGGGAGAAGACAAGAUAUGAAGAACCCUUGGUGGAUAGUUGGGAAGAAAUGAAGAGGUUGAUGAGAAGAAGAUUUGUUCCUUCUCAUUAUCAAAGAGACCUUCAUAACAAGCUACAAAGACUCACGCAAGGUAGUAGAAGUGUUGAUGAGUUUUACAAGGAGAUGGAGGUUUCCAUGAUUAGAGCUAAUGUUAUGGAGGAUCGAGAUGCUACUGUGGCUCAUUUCCUACAUGGGCUACAUAAUGAUAUAAGGGAUGUUGUGGAGUUGCAAAAUAAUGUGGAGUUCGAAGACUUAGUACAUCAAGCUUCUAAGGUGGAACAACAAUUGAAGAGAAAGAGUGCCAUGAGGAGGAGUUCAUCUAAUUUUCACUCUCUUGGUUGGAAGGAUAGAAAUAAGAAGGAUGGAGGGUCAUCAACAAGCAAUCCCAAUGUUACAGCUCAAAGAAAUCAAAAUAAGUCUGAUGAGGCACUUAAGAAAGCAAGAAGUAGUGAGAUUAAGUGCUUCAACGGUGCAGAGGAGCAUGAAGAUGAAAGAGAGUCAGAAGGAGAUUUGUUCAUGAUUAGAAAGAUAUUGGGUGGUCAAGCAGUGGCAUUAGAUGACUGUCAAAGAGAAAAUAUUUUCCAUGAGAGGUGCCUCAUCCAAGGGAAGUUAUGCUCUUUGAUCAUUGAUAAUGGGAGUUGCACUAAUGUGGCUAGUGCAAGGCAAGUUGAAGUGGGCUUUUCCAUAGGGAAAUAUGAAGAUUUUGUUUUGUGUGAUGUGGUGCCUAUGGAGGCUUGUGAUUUGCUUCUUAGGAGGCCUUGGCAGUAUGAUAGGAGAGUCAUGCAUGAUGGUUUCACCAAUAAGUUUACUUUUAUGCAUAAAGAUCGCAAAACUACUCUUGCACCAUUGACUCCAAGAGAAGAAGCACUUAGGUGUGAGAAAUUGUAUGCUAACGUGGAAAAAUAUGUGUUCUGUAUGGACCAUGUCAUUUUUCUUGGAUUUAUUGUCAACUCACAAGGAGUGCAGGUUGAUCCAGAGAAGGUGAAAGCCAUUCAAGAUUGGCCAACCCCCAAAAAUAUAAGUGAGGUAAGGAGCUUUCAUGGCCUAACAAGUUUCUAUAGGAGGUUUGUUAGAGAUUUUAGCACUUUGGCUGCACCUCUAAAUGAAAUUGUUAAGAAAAAUGUUGUUUUUGAAUGGGGGGAUCAACAAGAGAAGGCUUUUAUUGCUUUCAAAGAAAAGUUAACUAAUGCUCAUGUUCUUGCUUUGUCUAAUUUUGCUAAAUCCUUUGAGCUUGAAUGUGAUACAUCUAGGGUAGGCAUAAGGGCUGUGUUGAUGCAAGGGGGGCAUCCCAUUGCAUAUUUUAGCGAGAAACUGAAUGGGGUUGCUCUUAGCUAUUCUACAUAUGAUAAGGAAUUGCAUGCCUUAAUUAGAGCUUUGCAGACUUGGCAACAUUAUCUAUUGCCUAAGGAAUUUGUUAUUCACAGUGAUCAUGAGUCUUUGAAAUACUUGAAAGGACAAGGAAAGUUGAACAAGAGGCAUGCCAAGUGGGUGGAAUUUCUUGAAAAAUUCCCCUAUGUGAUCAGACACAAGAAAGGUAAAAAUAAUGUGUUCACUGAUGCACUCUCCUGCUGGUAUGCAUUAUUGUCUACCCUUGAAACUAAGUUCCUUGGUUUUGAGUACAUUAAGGAAUUGUAUGACCAUGAUGCUGACUUUUCUGAUAUACCUCAAACAUGUUCUCAUACUGCAUCUGAUGCGUAUUUUAGGCAUGAUGGGUAUUUGUUAAGGGACAAGAGACUUUGUGUGCCUAAUGGUUCAAUUAGGGACUUGCUUAUUAGAGAGGCACAUGAAAGGGGCUUAAUGGGGGCACUUUGGGGUUUGCCUCGGUCCAAGGAAGGAAAGGACUCGCUUUUUGUGGUGGUUGACAGGUUUUCUAAGAUGGCUCACUUCAUAGCAUGCAAGAAGGUAGAUGAUGCAUGUCAUGUUGUUGAUUUGUUCUUCAAAGAGGUGAUGUCACCCUUUGAAAUUGUUUAUGGUAUUAAUCCUUUGACUCCUUUGGAUUUGUUGCCUUUACCUAAUAUUUCUCAAUUUAAAGAUAAGUCUAGGCAGGUUAAAGCAGAAUAUGUCAAGAAGUUGCAUGAGGAAGUCAAGGCCCAUGACAAGAGCGAGCUAAAAAGAUCCAAGAAGCGUUGCAACAUACAAUGGCUAAUAUGA